CUAUAUAUAUAUAUAUAUAUAUAAACAGACCUGUUCUGAUUGAUCCUAUCGUCUGCACAUUUGCAUUUGCCACCAACAGUAAGAUGGCAAGAGUAGAGAUGAAGAUGAAGAUGAUCAGCAGCAACCCAUCUGUUAACGAGGCUGGCUGCUUUGAGGACAGGGCCAAAGCAGCAAUGAAGUUCGACCAAACCAAGGCCGGGGUCAAGGGGCUCCUGGAUGCCGGGGUGGAGAAGAUACCCAGCAUCUUCAUCCACCAGCCGGAGAGCCGGGCCGGGGACACGACAACCGGCACCGAGCAAGACCUCCAGAUUCUGAUGAUCGACCUCAAAGGCAUCCAUGGCGGUGGAAGAUCAGAGACUGUCGAGGAAGUUAAGGAAGCGGCUCGGGAAUGGGGGUUCUUUCAGAUUGUCAACCACGGAGUGCCAUUCGGUGUCAUGAAGGGGCUGCUGGAAGGCGUUCGACGAUUCCACGAGCAGCCCAGCGAGACUAAGGAGGAGUUCUACACACGAGAGUUUACAAAGAGAGUGACAUACUACUCGACUGGAACUCUCCAUAUCAAUCAAACUGCCCACUGGAGGGACUCACUUUCGGUUGACUUUCCAGACGGCAACCCAGACCCCGAAGGCCUACCCCCGGUUUGCAGGGAAGCAUUUGUGGAGUAUGUGAGCAGCAUGGUUAAGCUAAGGGAUGUCUUGUCCGAGUUAUUCUCAGAGGCGCUGGGGCUUGGGCGCGGCUACCUUUCAGAAAAGGAAUGCAUGGAGGAUCUGAAACUGGUUUGCCACUACUACCCGGCUUACCCCGAGCCAGACCUGACCAUGGGCAUAACCAAGCAUUCGGAUCCAUAUUUCCUCACUGUCCUGUUGCAAGACAGUAUCGGUGGCCUCCAAAUCCUGCACCACGAUCGCUGGGUCGAUGUGCACCCUGUGGAGGGUGCUUUUGUCAUCAACCUUGGCGACUUCAUGCAGCUUAUCACGAAUGACAAGUUCAAGAGUGUGGAGCACAGAGUGGUGGCUAGGAGGGUUGGUCCGAGGCUCUCAGCUGCGAGUCUCCUCUUCCCUAGUGUUAAGAACAAAUACAAAACUUAUGGCCCUCAUGAAUACUUUCUAAAGUUCGCUUCUAUUGGACUUGAUGGCACCCAGGGCCUUCCUCAUUUCAGGCUGUGAUUCUCACCCACUCCAGCCAUGGAAUUACUCCUACAAAGCACUUGAAUAAUCUGUAAUCUCUUGUUGCAUAUGUCUCCAUCACUUGCUUCAAAGCAUUCUAAAAUGGUUCAUAUGUUUUUUUAAGUAUAGAUGCUGCCCCUGUCUCUACUAUAUCACUGUAUUUCAAGAAGGAUGAUAAAUCCAUAGAUCAGGACAUGGAGAUUGAGAUGGAACCAUUCCCUUGAUUCUCAGAUCAAUCUCCCAGCUCCAUGUAUAAUCGAGAAGAAAUCAAGGCUAAAAGAUGUGGUGCUUUUUAUAUGUUA